AUGGCCCAGAGCACCACCUCCUCCUCACCUGACGAGGGCGCCACCUUCGAGCACCUCUGGAACUCACUGGAGCCAGAUAGCACCUACUUCGACCUUCCCCAGCCAAGCCAAGGUGGCGCUGAGCCCGGGGGCAGUGCUGAGGCUGGCGUGGACGUCUUCCAGCUGCAGGAUGUGACCACGCCUACCAUGGCCCAGUUCAAUCUGCUCGGCAGCACCAUGGACCAGAUGAGCAGCCGCGGGGCCGCCGCCAGCCCCUACACCCCAGAGCACGCUGCCAGCGUGCCCACCCACUCGCCCUACGCGCAGCCCAGCUCCACCUUCGACACCAUGUCGCCAGCGCCCGUCAUCCCCUCCAACGCCGACUACCCCGGCCCCCACCACUUCGAGGUCACCUUCCAGCAGUCGAGCACCGCCAAGUCAGCCACCUGGACGUACUCUCCGUUGCUGAAGAAACUGUACUGCCAGAUCGCCAAGACGUGCCCCAUCCAGGUCAAGGUUUCCAGCCCGCCACCCCCUGGCACCGCCGUCCGAGCCAUGCCUGUCUACAAGAAGGCUGAGCACGUAACCGACAUUGUGAGACGCUGUCCCAACCACGAGCUGGGCAGGGACUUCAAUGAAGGACAGUCGGCCCCGGCCAGCCACCUCAUCCGCAUAGAAGGCAACAACCUGGCACAGUACGUGGACGACCCCGUCACGGGCCGCCAAAGCGUCGUGGUGCCCUACGAGCCGCCCCAGGUGGGGACAGAAUUCACCACCAUCCUGUACAACUUCAUGUGUAACAGCAGCUGCGUCGGGGGCAUGAACAGGAGGCCCAUCCUCAUCAUCAUCACCCUGGAGACCCGGGACGGGCAGGUGCUGGGCCGCCGCUCCUUUGAGGGCCGUAUCUGUGCCUGCCCUGGCCGAGACCGCAAAGCCGACGAGGACCACUACCGCGAGCAGCAGGCCCUGAGCGAGAGCAGCGCCAAGAACGGGGCGGCCAGCAAGCGUGCCUUCAAGCAGAGCCCCCCUGCCAUCCCGUCGCUGGGCCCCACCGUGAAGAAGCGGCGACACUGUGAUGAAGACUUGUACUGCAUGCACGUGCGCGGCCGGGAGAACUUCGAGAUCCUGAUGAAAGUCAAGGAGAGCCUGGAGCUGAUGGAGCUGGUCCCGCAGCCGCUGGUGGAAUCGUACCGGCAGCAGCAGCAGCUCCUGCAGAGGCCGAGCCACGUGCAGCCUGCAUCCUACGGGCCUGUGCUCUCGUCCAUGAGCAAGUCGCAUGGGGCCCUCGGCAAGCUGCCCUCGGUUAACCAGCUGGUGGGCCAGCCUCCCCCGCACAGCUCAGCGGCCGGGCCCAACCUGGGGCCCAUGGGCCCAGGGAUGCUUGGCACCCACGGCCACGCUGUACCGGCCCACAGCGAGAUGAACGGCAGCCACAGCUCCCAGUCCGCGGUUUCGGGGUCCCACUGCACCCCACCACCACCCUACCAUGCCGACCCCAGCCUCGUCAGUUUUUUAACAGGACUGGGGUGCCCCAACUGCAUCGAGUAUUUCACCUCGCAGGGCUUACAGAACAUGUACCACCUGCAGAACCUAACGAUAGAGGACCUGGGAGCCUUGAAGAUCCCCGACCAGUACCGCAUGACCAUCUGGCGGGGCCUGCAGGACCUGAAGCAGGGCCACGACUGUGGGCAGCAGCUCCUGCGCUCCAGCAGCAGCACGGCCGUGGCCAUGGGCAGCUCGGGCCAGCGCGUCAUGGAGGCUGUGCACUUCCGCGUGCGCCACACCAUCACCAUUCCCAACCGCGGCCCCGGCGCCCCGGCGGGCCCCGACGACUGGGCCGACUUCGGCUUUGACCUGCCCGACUGCAAGGCCCGCAGGCAGCCCAUCAAGGAGGAGUUCGCGGACGCCGAGAGCCACUGAGCAGGGCCUGGCCGCCCCCUGGCGCCGCGCGCGCCCCGC